ACCCGCUCCAUCCACCAUCCACACCUCUCUGCUCCCAUGACGUCUCUACCGACUAGCAGGUGGAAAAUUAAACUCCAAUACUCCAUGGAUUAGCAGCGAGACAGUAGGAUUGGGAUUACUCUAUUCCUGCAGGAGUUUUUGUUUUGUUUUUGGAGUUUGAUGAGGACUGUGUCUUGUGUCGGAUGAUGGCGAGAGCAGCCUCCGUCAUUCCACUGCUUGGCAUUAUUCUGGGAAUAACUUGCGUUACUGCCAUCGAGCUGCGGUUCAUGCCUGAUCCACCAACGCUAAACAUCUAUGGCACCCACAGGAUGAACAAAACUGACAACCUCGAACUAAUAUGCAAAGGUCGGCAGUACCUGAAGUGGUCGACCCCCUCCACGAGCACGCACUUCAACACCAGCGACUGCAGCGGAUCCGGACUUUUCUGCACCAAGCUGACGAUCAACAAUGCAACUGUCAAUGAAACUGGACAGUACCAGUGCUCUUAUAGAGGCCUGAAAAUUGAAGACGGCAAGACGGCAGCAACACUUUACCUGUUUGUCCAUGACUAUAAGGUGCCAUUUGUGCCAUCUGACAAGAAAUAUGAAGUGGUGUUUCUCCGCGAAGGAGAGCGGGUGGUGAUACCAUGCCGGGGCUCGCUUGAGAAUCUGAACGUUACGCUCGACACUAAGUAUCCAGUCAGAGAGCUCCAUCCUGAUGGGAAGGAUUCCGUUUGGGAAGCCAGGACCGGCUUCACCGUCCCCUCCCACCUGAUCAGCUACGCCGGUGUCGUGUCCUGUCAGACUCACAUCGAAAAUGAGACGUUUAAUUCUCCUCUCUACAUCGUGGCUGUUGUUGGAUACAAGAUUUAUGACCUCACCCUGACCCCCACACAACAGAGGCUGUCUGUGGGGGAGCGGCUGGAGCUCAGCUGCACUGCCCACACCGAGCUCAACGUGGGCAUCGAAUUCAACUGGACGCACUCUAGCGGGGUCCUGAACUCGGACAACGGCUUGAAGCCUACGCAUGCAGUGUCACACAAGAAGAAGUUGUGGAACUCUCUGGAGCUUUCCAACACCCUCAUCGUGGAAAACGUGACUGUGGAUCACACUGGAGAUUUCAUCUGCACCGCUUCCAGUGGGAAGAUGGAGAAAAGUGCCUCAGCGUACGUUAAAGUCUAUGAAAAGCCUUUUAUCGAAGUCAAAGAAGCCUGGAUGAAAGUGUGGGAAGUAAAUGUUGGCGAUAAAACAGCUGUUGUGAUUCCUGUCAAGUACUCAGCCUACCCUGAACCCAGCUUUAAAUGGUUGAAAAAUGACCAAGUGAUGAAGAACGACUACAGGAUAAAGCAGAAAAGCAACGCUCUCGUCUUCCACGGAGUCAAAGAGAUGGACGAGGGGAACUACACGGUGGUCCUGAGUAAUAAGAACACCAAAGAGGAGCAGAGAGGCUCCUUCCAGCUGGUGGUCAACAUACCUCCUCAUAUCAUUGAGAAAGAGGUGGCCGUGGUCACUGAUGUGUACCUAUACGGCACGAGCCCCACCCUGAGGUGCACCGCCCGUGGAUUUCCCACUCCUGCACACAUCCAGUGGCAGUGGAUGUCUAAAGAGGACUGCCCGGAGGCCUUAUUGUCGGGAUUGUUUACAUCAGACGAGCAGUUGGACAAGUGUACAGGCUGGAGAGAUAUCGGCAACAGCACUGGUCACAACCACGUGGAGCGAAUUAAAACUGACAUCGAUCAUCUUCAGAAGAAAAUUGCAAGCACUUUGAAGAUCCAGAAAGCGGAGGUCCAUGCCCUCUACAGAUGUUCUGUUACUAACAAAGUGGGAGAGGAUUCUCGGAUCGUGAUUUUUCGUGUGGAACGCAGCCUUGAAGUGAGUAUGUCUCCAUCCGACAAACCCCUGGAGGAGGACAACGUGGUUCUGCGGUGUAAGGCAGACGAACUGCUCUACAACAACCUCACCUGGUUCCGCGUGACCAACGUGUCUGAGGUGGUUGUGCCGAUGCAGCCCUGCAGCUCCCUGAGUCUCUACCCGAGGCCGCUGUCACAGGCCGUGCUGUCCAAACUGCACGGCACCAACGUUACUCUGGAGCUGAUGCUGCCCAAUGCCUCGUCUCAGGAUGAGGGGGUUUAUGCCUGCCAGGCGGUGAGCAUCAAGACCGGGGAGAAGAACUGCCUGCUGCGCCGUGUCUCUCUUAGAGAUCUCAAGCCUGCAAGGAUACAUAGUAAUUUCACUGACCAAAAAGUCAACACGAGUGUGACCAUCACUCUCCCUUGUGAGGCUUUUGGAACGCCAAACCCAACAGUCAUGUGGACCAAAAACAACCAGACUGUGGUAGAGGGCUCAGGUGUGAUAUUGAACCAGUAUAAUCUGACAAUUCAGCGUGUGAAGAAGGAGGACGGCGGCCUGUACACCUGCACUGCAUGUAACAGUCGUGGUUGCGACACCUCUCAAGUCAAUUUGACGGUUGAAGGUGCAGAGGAGAAAACGAACGUGGAGCUGAUUGUUCCUAUUGGCUCUGUGGUUAUAGCCAUGUUUUUCUGGUUGCUCAUCGUCUUUGUUAUCCGUGGAAGAAAGAGACCAAAUGGAGGGGAUCUGAAGACGGGUUAUCUGUCCAUGAUCCUAGACUCAGAGGACAUGCCCAUGGAUGAGCAGUGCGAGAGACUCACGUAUGAUGCAAGCAAAUGGGAGUUCCCUCGGGACAGGCUCAAGCUUGGUGACCCACUGGGACGAGGGGCGUUUGGCCAGGUGGUGGAGGCCGCAGCCUUUGGCAUCGAGAAAGCUACCACGUGCACCACUGUUGCAGUGAAGAUGCUGAAGGAGGGAGCCACGUCUAGUGAAUAUCGUGCCCUGAUGUCAGAGCUGAAAAUUCUUAUCCACAUUGGACACCACCUCAAUGUCGUCAACCUGCUGGGAGCCUGCACGAAGCCCGGGGGGCCCCUGAUGGUGAUUGUUGAGUAUUGUAAACAUGGAAACCUAUCCAGCUACUUAAAGAGUAAGCGUGGAGAGUACAGCCCCUACAAGAGAAAGCGGGUGGAUAGCCAGAGGUGGCUGUCUUCAGAAGAGGAUGUUACUGAUGGGGAUCUAGGUUUAGGCAAGAUCGCCCAGCUGGAUAUCUGCACUGGAACAGCUGAGGACAAGUCUUCAGGCAGCAACAUGGACAGUCAAGAAGAGAGUUCAGACGAUGACCAUCUGACUAUGGAAGACUUGAUAUGCUACAGCUUCCAGGUUGCUAAAGGAAUGGAGUUUCUGUCCUCUCGCAAGUGCAUUCACAGAGAUCUGGCAGCCAGAAACAUCUUGCUCUCAGAAAACAAUGUGGUAAAGAUUUGCGACUUUGGCCUUGCUAGAGAUGUCUACAAAGAUCCUGACUAUGUCCGGAAGGGAGAUGCACGUCUCCCUCUGAAGUGGAUGGCUCCUGAGACCAUUUUUGACCGGGUUUACACCACCCAAAGUGAUGUUUGGUCCUUUGGGGUCCUUCUCUGGGAGAUAUUUUCCCUGGGGGCCUCUCCUUAUCCGGGCGUGUGCAUUGACGAAUCCUUCUGUAGGAGGCUUAAGGAAGGCACGAGGAUGAGACCUCCAGAAUAUGCCACCACUGAGAUAUAUCAGACCAUGUUGGACUGCUGGAUGGAUCGUCCUACAGACAGGCCCACGUUUGCAGAGCUGGUUGAACAUCUUGGAAAUCUGCUGCAGGCCAGUGCCCAACAGGAUGGGAAGGACUACAUCCCCCUGACAGCUGAUGAAGCAAAAAGAUGCUCAGUGCCCACAGACCCCAGGGGCCCCUACAGCAGACCUCAAAGUGGGGAAAUCCUGGAAACACACUAUGACAGACCGUCUUCCCUUGGACUGUCCGAGCAGAGUGAAUGCUGCAACCGGCCCAUCAGCAUGAAGACAUUUGAAGACAUCCCUGUGGCGCACAGCAGUGUGAUGGAGGGUCACACAGACAGUGGGAUGGGCUUCUGUGGCGAGGAUGGAAAGAGUUUAAAUCAACAGUUACCAGCCAUGCCUAGCUUCAGCCAAAUGCUGCGCUGCAAGAGCAAAGAGUCUCUGGCCUCAGAGUCAUCCAAUCAGACGAGUGGAUAUCAGUCGGGGUACCAUUCUGAUGACACAGACACCCCGAUUUAUGCCAACGAGGAGGUGAUUAUGAAGCACAACAUGCUGAAGAAGCCUCCCCUGACCAAGGCGCCUGACAAGUUCUGCACAGAGAUCCGCUACAGCACCCCUCCUGUCUGACCCCACACCAACUCCCCCCUGAGUCUUCUCACUGUACAGUCUUCCUUUGUAACACUGAUGAAAAAAAAAAUCAUGCAAUAAGAAUGACUAUGGUGGUGUAAGGAAUAAGCCUGCAAGGAAAAAUUAAAGUUGUAUGAUAAGAUGGGAGUGGUAGCCUAGUGGUUGCAGAGGAGGGCUGGAGUCUGGAGGACCAAGCCCCUGGAUUCCAACCGAGGUCAACCACUUUGGGCCCCUGAGCAAGGCCCCUUAACCCUUACUGCUCCCCGGGCGCCGUGCAAAUGGCAGACCACUGCUACUAGUUCAACUAGAAAAUGAGUUAAAUGGAGAGAAAGAAUUUCCCACUUGUGGGAUUAAUAAGGGAAAUUAUUAUUAUUAUAAGUUUGUGUAGCAGCUUUCAUUGGACAACUGGAAGAAUGGUAUUAUGUUGACGCAGCAAGUGAAAUGUUGGAAGAACCCAAACCCGGGAGGGCAUGUCCACUUCCUGAGACGCAAUCCGCCCACUUCCUCUACUGCAGGAAACGGCAUCUGGAAUUUCUAGAUAAUUGAAUUGACAAGUCGUUUCUUUUUUUCUUUUUUUUUGCUUCUUACCGCGUUUCUACUCGAUUUGUACAGUUUUUAUUUACAUUACAUAUAAUAUUUUAUUAAAAAUGAAUGACUAAAACUGCAAUUAAUGAUACUAGUUUUCCAACAUUAAAAUAACCACCUGAUAAAAUGUGACAUGGACAUUUUUUAUCACUUUUUAGUCACAAAAACACAAAAGUAUGCUAGUUAUUUUCUUUGUGGUGUAAAUGUCUCAUUUCCUCUGUGUGUUUCACUCAAAGAAAACAAUACUUUCUCAGCCUUGGUCAUUCACUGUCUGUCUGUGGGUGUGUGUGUGCAAGUUUACUAUGGAAACAAUGUCCAUCUAACCUUGAGUGUUUUCUUUGGUGUUGUCCACCCAGAGUGCCCGUAAAUGUGGUGCCAAGGUCAGCAUCGGUAGGUAUGGCAACAAAGGCUUGCAUUAAAAAUAAGUUUCUCUGAAGUUGUGAGAAAUAAGAUUUUCUUAUCCAACAUACUGCCUUCCUUUUUGAAGGGAACAGUGUAUUUGGAUGUUGUCACUGCAGCCUUAAAGCUUUAAGGUGCGUGUUCACUCUAAGUCGGUGAUGAACGGGAAGCAUGAAUUCACAACGUAUUAUGUCUGCAAUCAAGGAAAGCAACCUUGCCUAAUUAUGGAAGGCUAGAGGAAACGACUCGUAACCUCAGAGGGGCUGUUUUCAAACUUCCUCAUGUAAUACUUAAAUUUAGAAACUCUGCCCUAUCACUGUUUUUGGAAGCCAAAAGGACAGUAAGGACAACUUAAUGUCCUUUUGGCUUAUUGAAAAUGGGCAAUCAUUAAAGCAACAUGCGGUUAUUUAAAACAACCCUAGAUUUACCAAUAGAUGGUAAGCAGUAUAAGCUUUUGUUAGGGACCAAAAUGAAAAUGGAAGCAGUUUUGAGGGAGAACGGAAUGUGUUAUCAACAAAAUGGCAAUUAAUAUUAACUUUCAGGGCAAUAGACCUUCAUCAAAACAAACUGCUAUUUUAAGCCUCUGACAAAACUCAAAAAUGUCUUUCCACUUAAGUGAUAAUAUAUAUAGAGAUGGUACAAAAAUUGUGAUUGUGUAAAUGUACCAAAAUGUUUACAAAAAGGGACUAUGAAGGGAACCGUAUGUAUUCACUAUCUUGUUCAGUUGACUACAGAGGCCAAUAGAUACAAAAGAAGGACUGUUAAUUGCCUCUGCUUGCAUACAAGUGGAGUGCUAUUAUUUAUUUAUGAUAAAGUGGGUAAGUAUUAGAAGGUCAUGAGCUCUCCUCCUCUUCCAUCUAUUGAAAAUAGUUUGGGUAACACUGGAAACUGACCUAUAAGAACUUUUAAGAUAGGUGCCACGCCAUCAAACAGAGUACAAACUGCCCUUUUUCAUACACUUUUGGAUAUAAAAAUAAAAGUACCUCAGUUUGUUUGUAGGGAUCCUAUCAACACAAUGACCAAGUGGAAUUCAAUUUUCUAGUCUUGUCAGAGACUUAAAAUCUGAGUUUAUUUUGACGGGUUUUUGCCUCCAGGGCUAAUAUCAUACCUGUCAAGUCUCCCGGUUUGGCCGGGAAACUACCGUAUUCUCUUUGCCACCGCCUUCCCAUAUUAGUAUUUUCUGCCAAAAAAGCAAAGACUUCCUGUAAAUAUCUCUAAAAAUGGGAAACCGAAUUUACUUUCCUAAAGAAGAGCAGGAUGGGGCUCAGUUACGCGUUCUGAAAGAUGUGUAACUGCGAUUUUAGUGUCUUUCACGGAGGAAGGACCAAUGUCUGUUAGCAGCACCAGAGCGGCGCCAGAGAGCCACAUGAAUGAAAAUGAUAAAUUAAGAGAAAAUGUACAUGUUUCACUUGAAGAUAAUCAAUGCGUAUAUCAACUGAAAAUAUUUUAAAUAAAUAAAUGUGCUUUGUG